AUGCACAUACCGAGGCGCCCUAUCUUAUCAGGCGCAUCAACUUUCAUCAUUUCGCGAUCUCGGCGCAUUCAUUCGUCUGCUAACAAACAACCUCCUCUAAUAUCAAGCAAUAUGGCCGACAAACUCCGCACUCAGCAAGAACUCGAGCGCCUCCAAGCGAAAUACGUCGGCACUGGUCACCCAGACACGACAAGCUGGGAAUGGCGCACCAACAUUCAGCGCGACACAUACUCUUCCAUCGCCGGCCAUAGGCCUCUUCUCUCUUAUAUCGCGCUUGCUGAGAACGAGCCCAUUAUCAAGAUUCGCGCGCAGAUGAUUAGGAAAAUGGUACAGCCUUGUGGUCCUCCUCCGCCACGCGAGGAUUAG